UGACGCAGUGGUUAGUUAGUUUUUGGUGUACGGGUUCGUGUUAUCGUCGUUUGACGGCGCUGACAGACGCGUUAUCAAUUAAUGUUUAUUAUGUUAAAAAAAAAUUUCUUAGUUAAGAAUAACUUUUAACGAAAGCUAUUUUAUUAUAGUGUGUUCUGUUUUGAAGUAAUAUAGUUCAGUCGUGGAAUUUUUUGGUUAUAGCUAUUAAUCUCGAAAAACAUUGAGUAGAUAGUGCGCAGAACAGAACGUAUUCGGAAAUUUCAAUGCUGGACAACUAAAAACGUACUGUUGAUCAGAUGAUGUCGUCCAUGAAACCGGCUCCGCUACAGUUUGUAAAGCUGCAAACUUCAUCUGAUCGUUACCGAUCGGCUCAGGAGCAGCAGCUGAACAAAGUAGCGAUAGCCAAACCAAAAAAUAAAGAAUUUGAUGCAGAUUGGCAAUCAGACUUGGAUAAUUGGAAGAGCAAUCGAAGAAAACAACAAGAACAUAUCAUUGAACGAUUAGUAGAAGUAAAAAAAUUCGAAACUGAUCGGCUUGAUGAUGGUUUCCGAAAAAGAAGCAAAACAUUUAACGAAAUGAUACAAGAAAGGUAAGGUGUAUCAAUUCUUGU